AUGUAUCCACUUCAUGAACUGAAUAGCCAAAUAAAUGAGACUUGUAAAAGUUCAAUUCAAUCGGGCGUUUUUCUACAUUAUUCGCUGAUUCCAUCAGUUGUCAUCAUUUUGAUCCUGGCCUGUCUUGAAAAGAGAACAAAAAGAUUUUGGUUUGAUGACAAAUGUCCCAAAUGUCCAAGACACUGUGGGUUACUGAUCCCAAUGGACUCUGAUGGCUCAAUCAACAACCGAUGGUCUUUGGGAUUUGCAUUUGGUGCUACUGCUGAUAAAGUCAUGUUUCUAUUUCAGAAAGAGUACUUUCCAGAGGGACUUCCUGGAUGGGCUAGAGUAUUUUGGAUCCUCCUCAUGGCUCUUGAAGUGGGCAUCUCGUCAUACCCUUUAUUUGUCUGUCUUUUAACAAAAUAUAAAGUUGUAGGAACAGUCUUGGGAUUUCUUUACACAGCAGCUUGGACAGUUGUUAUGAUCUUAGACAUCAUAGAGUGCCCUGAGUAUGAUGCUGUGGGAAAACACCCUGGCAUAAUUGUGAUGUGGCCAUCCGUGCUGUUCCUGUUCCUUCUGCUAGGAUGUUUUAUUUUUAAUUUUGUGAAAGCAGUGAGAAAUUCAUUUGUAAAGGAGCAAAAUGAAAAAGAUUCUUUUGUAGAAGAAUACCAGUUGCAGUAUGUUCAGCGGUUGCUGAAAAAGCCUGUGCUUGGGAAUCCCCAGAAAAACUGGUUUCAGAGAAAAUUAUAUCAAUGGGACCCCUACUUUAAAUUCCCUGGCAGAAUAAUCAGCACAAUUGUUGUUAUGUUCCUAUGUCUUUACAUGUUUAUUGUGACAGAAUAUAUUGUCAUCAAUUUAUUAGUGACCGUGCUCAAAAAGAUCUUUGAGUUCUUAAAAACAAAUAUUCCAGGUUCAGAAAAUGAAACAUGGAUUCAAGGCUUUGAAGAGUUUAUUCAUAUCUUUGAAGGAAUUUGGAUUGCUACUACUAUUAUUGCUUCUGUCACAUGUUUUGGAUAUGUGUUUAACAUCUUAGUCUGCUACAGAAAACAUAUUAAACUAUUGAGGGCAGGCAAAAAGCACCUACUUGUGUCAGAAUCUAUGAAAGUGUCGUCUUCUCAAAGUGUGCACUGUCAAAGUUUAUCUCUUUCCAAUGCAUACAUAAUGUGGGUAUGUGAACACUGUCUUAAAAGGGUUGGAAUAAGUUACUGGGGACUUCUAAUUCUCCCUUUUGUUGACCAGUUGCAAAUUUCUUUUCUAGGAUACCUAAUCAUGCAUUUGGUGCAGUGGUUAUUUGGAAUGAUAGUUACGUAUAUUUUGAUUUUACCUAUGAAACAUGAAUGGAUGGAGCUUUUAAACAAAUGGGGAACUACAAUCCUGACAUUUGUCAUUGUCCUAGUGAUCAAGAAGAUACAAGUGCUUGCGGCCAGGUUUUUUCUCCAGCCGAAAAUGUCACCGACUGAACAGCAAAAGCCUUUUGCACUUGAUAACAGGUCAGUGCUAGAGUGUGAUAUGCCUACAGCUAUUCUAUGA